AUGAUUCUAUCCGAUGAUUGGCAGAUAUUUAAUCCAGAGAGACUUUUUUUGGCGAUCCAGCAGCAGCAUGCGAAAGAACUGCGUGAGAGGAAACUCCAACACCAGGCAGAUCGACGCGCUAAGCAGAAACGCGCUGGGGUGAAUAAGCGCAAGAGAGAUCGACGGGCUGGGUGGUCUCAGGAAAUACGCAACAUGUUCAAUAAACGCCAAAGAGAGCCGAGGAAACUCGAGAAGAAUGAGUGGGAAAGAGAGCAGGAAGCACACGACGAGCAGGAGGAGGAUGCUGAGUAUUCUGAGUAA